CUGCAGCGCUGCAGUUGAUCAGCUGAAAAUUACAAAGGAGCAACAAAAAAUACAAUGGAGAAGGAUUUGUAGUGAAUUUUUAAUGGAAAAGUUAGUGAUUUCUUAGCAAUUUGCAUUCUUAAAACAAGGUGAAUGAGAUGUCCAAAACCGUGCGUAAGUGUGUCUAUGGACGCAGACCACCAUGCUACAUACUCAGCCGAAUUGAGGAGAGAAAAGCCAAAGCCAGAAUUCUACGGCAAGAACGUCGACGAAAACCAGACAAACCCGAUGAUUUCGUGACAUAUGAGGACUCGGACAGUGAAGAGGAGACACCACAGCAGCAAAAUGAGAUUUUGAAUACUUCCUACAACUUUGUCGACUAUGUCCGGAGCCGAGAGUCGGACUUCAAUGAGGAACGAAGUAUUUGCCAAUCAUAUGCCAGUAGACACAUCCUCACGCAUGAUAUGUUUAAGGAGACUCCAAUUAGCCUGGGAAACAUCAACAAGGUGUUCUGCUCACAGUGGCUGAGCAACCGACAAGUAGUCUUUGGCACAAAAUGCAAUAAGCUUAUGGUUUACGAUGUGAAUAUGCGACGGGUGGAUGCCAUUCCCACCCUACCCAAUAAUCGCAGUAACAAUCCAGACACCCAGCAUGGUAUUCAUGCUGCUCAGAUUAAUCCUAGUCGGACUCUCUUGGCCACUGGAGCACGACACUCUGCCGAUAUAGCCAUCUAUCGUCUGCCAACACUCGAUCCCGUGUGCAUUGGUGAGAAUGGACAUCGGGAUUGGGUGUUUGACAUGUGUUGGCUGGACGAUCAGUUCUUGGUGUCGGGAUCGAAGGAUACGAAAGUUGCUCUGUGGCGCAUUAAUGAGGAUCUCAUAGAUUUUCCCAAUGCCAAUGGCGAGGAUGAGGAACAAACUUGUCCAUCUUAUGGGCAUAUUGUUCCUGUGGCCGUGAAGGAAUGUCGUACAGCUCAAAAGAUUAGAUCACUGUGCUUCAAUCAGGAAUACAAGGAGAUUGCUGUAUUAUCCCUCAACAGUUACAUUCAUCUCUUCAAUGCCGAAACUUUCUCGCAGAAAUUAUCCCGGAAGCUGCCCAACUGCCAGGAUAAUGUGUGUAUUGCAUGCCAACCGCAUGGACUCUAUGCUGUUGGGUGUCGUUCCUACACAUUACUCCUCGAUCCACGUACUCUUCAGGCUGUCAAGAAGAUCGCAUCUCGAUACAGUGGCUGUGGCAUCCGUUCGGCCAGCUUUCAGGAGAAUAUUCUCACUGUGGGAACGGGCUUAGGAAUGCUUAUGUUUUAUGAUAUACGAGCAGGAAAGUAUCUGGAAAGUAGUAUCAAUUCAUCAAGAACUGUUGUCCUGAAAGCCAGCAAAGGCUAUGUGUUUCCCGAAGAAGAAAUGGAUGGUUUUCAACAAAUUAAGUACGUUCCAGCAAUUUAUACCCAUUGCUAUGAUGCCAGUGGAACUAGAUUAUUUGCUGCCGGUGGGCCACUUCCGGCCAAUUUGGUGGGAAAUUACGCAGGAAUUUGGCAAUGAGGUAUAAAAAUCCUCUCUGGUUUGAUUUUGCAACAUUUCGAGAGACAAAAAAAAGGAUAAUGCAGAUAAAAGACCGUAAAACAUAUUUAGAUCACAAAAUAUUUAUUGAUGAUAUAAAAUUUAUUACAUAGGUGUAUUUUAAUUUUAUUUCUGAAUUCAUAUAUUUUAACUGUCAAGAAUAAAAGCUAGGCUGGGAUUCAACAGAAGAUCUUUUUGUAUUUUAUCACUCUGAAUUGGCAUAAGAAUAAAGCGGCAUUAAUUACA